AUGGCAACACAAAGCCCGUGGUUUCUGCGUUUCCCCCCUGAAAUGAUUUCAUCCAUUGUGUCCUUUCUGCCAAACAAAGAUGUCAAGUCCUUGCGCUUGACGUGCAAAGCCCUCGGCGAGAUUUCACCAUUCUCCUUCUCACGCGUGUUUCUUUCGGCCAACUCGUUGAACAUCCAAGUUUUUCGGCCUGUAGUAGACCAUCCAAAGUUUCGCCACGAAAUCAAGGAGAUCAUCUGGGAUGACGCACUGUUCGUAUUCGCGCCGUUGAUAUGGGAAACCGUGCACCUAAGCAUCAACCCCGAACGCAUAGAAAUCAACUCCAAUGAGGGAUGUCCCAUCUGGUUCACGGAGGAAUGCAAAGAGAACCGCUACAGGAUGAAGCAUCGGAAAUACCGCGACGUGGACCGACCUGACCAUACGUCUGUGAUCGGAUCCGAAGACGACAAGGAAGCCUUUCUUUACGGCCUGGAGCGAUUCCCACGGCUCAAAAGAGUGACCGUUACGCCUGCGACUCACGGCUGGCUGUUUGCUCCGCUAUACGAGACAAUGAUUCGAGCAUUUCCAUACGGAUUCAACUAUCCGAUUCCGAGAGGAUGGCACUGUGAUCCCAUUGAUUGUCGGGUUGUCGAGCCGCUACCGUGGUUAGAGGCAACCGAGGACUACAAGGAGCUAUGGAGAGGGGCUCGAAUGGUUCUUCGCCUUUUGUCACAGGCUGAGAAGCAUAAUGUUUCCGAGCUAAGCUUCGACUCCAAGCAACUCCACACCGGACUAAACUUUUUGAUUUUCGAUCGGCCGUGUGAGGAAUACAAUCAAUUUGCGGCCAUCAUAAAACGUCUAGGCUUCCGCCGUCUUCAUCUAUCUUUACUUACUGGCAGUAGUGGUGACUGGACAGGACUCCAAAGCGGAUUAUUCCGUCAAGCCGUGAGCCUGGCUAAGGAAUUGACCUAUAUCUAUUUAUCAACUACAUUCAAUGAUGGAUCUCAUUCUUUAAUGAGGGAUCCACGUAUUCCCCUGAAGGAUAUUUUGCCUAUUAAGGAGUGGCCGAAUCUGUCUCACUUGGCGCUCUUCCGUUCCAGCGUUGAUACGUCGGAGUUGAUGGACAUACUCAAAUUGGCACCAUCCUCAUUACGAUCUCUUGACUUGGAAUUUAUCGAGUUCCCCUUUGAUGAAUUGUGUUUGACUGGUCUACUAGAGAGGAUGCGAGAGGAACUGGAUUGGAUCGAGAGAGAUCAACCACUGAAACCGACCGUCACGAUUGCGAUGGAAGACCAUCGCAAAUGGCCGGGGAGGUUCAUCAAGCUUUCAGACGAGGUGGCAAGCUUUCUCUAUGGCUCUGGAGAAAAUCCCCUGGAUGGAGCAGAUACACGCAGCCCCAAAGACGGAUACGGGACGGAUCAUGACCUUUUUGAGGCGGAGUACACUCGGCCCAACGUCAAUUUCCAGGAUCUUAAGAAGUUGGGAAUUAUUUGUUAG